ACUGCUGCUGAGGAUUUUAGUCACACCUACUUUAGGUAGAAGAAGCUGACUGGUUGCUGGAUUCCUCUUUCAUUUCUUGGUGAGGACUAGACUAGACUAGUCUAAAUAAACUCCCCUCUGUGCCAUGGUUUGGUUGAAUAUCUUGUGCCACUCAGUCUGGGCCAUCUCCACGGCUCUCCUGGCUCUGGUUGUGCGGUUACAGCGCAGAGGACCCUGGGAUCCACAGGCCUGCAUGGUGCGGCUGAAAGGGAAGACUGCUGUAGUGACAGGAGCCAACACAGGGAUCGGGAAGUUCAUUGCCUUGGAUUUUGCACGUCGUGGGGCCCGUGUAAUCAUGGCCUGUCGAAGCGAGGUCAGGGGGCAAGCAGCACUUAAAGAAAUCAAGGAGAAGACAGGAAACUCUGACGUCCACCUACGUCUGGUGGACCUGUCCUCUAUGGACUCUGUCAGGGAAUUUGCCGAGGGGAUUCUCGAAGAGGAGAAAGCUCUCCACAUCCUCGUCAACAAUGCUGGAGUAUCAGGUGCGCCCAAGCAGAUAACCAAAGAUGGGUUUGAUUUUUCUUUUGCCACCAACCAUCUGGGACCAUUUCUCCUCACCAGCCUGCUGCUGGACCUGAUUAAGCGUUCAGCUCCGGCGCGGAUUGUCAACCUGUCCUCAGUCAACCAUAAGAAGGGUAAAGUGGACUUCGCUCAUUUUCAUGGCGAGAACCUCAUUUAUAACUUUGAUAACGUCUACAACCACACAAAGCUGCACAACGUCAUCUGUACCACUGAGCUGGCACGCAGGCUGGAAGGCACAGGUGUCACCGCAAACUCUGUCCACCCUGGGAUUGUCUUGACAGGAGCGGUGAAACACUAUUCGUUCAUGAUCCGCUGUAUUUUCAACCUCAUUGGAUUCUUCUUUUUCAAGUCUCCAGAGGAGGGUGCCGUGAGCCCAACCUACUGUGCCGUUGCAGAGGAAAUGGAGGGGAUAACUGGGAAGUAUUGUGACAGCGACUGCAGGCUGGUUCUCCCUGCCCCUUUAGCUCGAGACGCUGCCCUCGCAGUCAAGGACUUUGAGAUCUGCGAGAGGCUGACGUCGAAGCUCUGAAACAACUAUCAGGCAAACGGAGGCUUGAUAACAGAAAAGGGGUCAAAUUCCACCCUCGUAUUACUGCACUUCUCGAAUGAACAAUUCAGACAUAAUGUGUCUUUAAAAACAUCAGGUGGAGUUUCUGAAUAGAUUUUUAUAAGUAAUUUGAAGGGAAAUUAACUGUUUUUAAGAGUAAUAAAAUAGUUGUAAAAUAUAGUUUGUCACUUGCAUAAGUGUGAAUAACACUGCUUAAUCACUUACUUUUCGUAUCAAGAAUUCUGUGAAAUUGUUGAAUAUGUCAAGAAAAGUCACAAGACUUUCAUUCAGGUAUGUGAAUGAUUGAAAUGAAAGAGCUUCCUGAGACAUGCUGACACCGUGUGGCCAACUCUCGUUGACAUGCUUCCUCAGAAAUGACAACAAAAGAGGUUCCAUUAAGUGACACAAUCAUUUCCCUUUAUUGACUGAUUCAUUAAAACACAAUAAAACAUUUGAGCAUUCAGUGCUUUUUGAAGAAUUUGUACAGCGUUCCUCCCCCGGUGUCUUCGGCCUCGCUAUUUGGCUGCAGAGACGGAGAUAGCGGGAGAACAGUGUGAUCACAAAAGAGGGUUUUAAUCACAGCAAUAUCACUUGUUAAGUGUGUGUCUGCUAAUCAUCUUUGGAUAAUAGAAGAAGAUACAAUGUCA